AUGGCCUUGAGAAAUUAUAUGUACGCUAAACAUGAUAACAACCAGCAUAUAUCUAGCAUGAUCAGCGGGAUUCCGACGAAGGAAACCGCGGAAGACAGGGCCACUAGAGCAAAGAUACAAUCAUUGAGCCUCAGUAGUGAGAAGAAAGAAAGCUGCGACAAUAAUUUGGGGCCUUGUAGAAAUUGCCCUGACUGCCCAAAGAAAUCGAAUGGUGCAGAUUUGCCCAAAACUGCGAUUGAGGUUGAAAAUGCUCCAAGGAAAACAGAAAUUGACUACACCAAGAUGGAGUUCUAG